AUGUCUCACCUUGAUCACGGUGGCAGAAUUGUGCCCAUACUCACGGGUCAUGAACACCUGAAAGAGGAGCUUCCCCAGACGGCCGACCCGCUGCAGGUCCAGCAGGCUGAGCUGUCGGCCAGAACUCAGAAUAACAUGGACCAUGCAAGCUUGGAAAUGCCCUGUUUGAAAGAACGAGGCUUGUUUGCUCUACCUACCGAAGGAGAUGGCAAUUGCCUCUAUUAUUCCCUCUCCGACCAAUUGUACGGCAACACCCUCCAUGCCGACGAAAUACGCCAGCGCUUGGCCACCCACAUGGCCAACAACAAAACAUACUUCAUGCAGUUUGUCGUGGCAGAGGGUGGGGAACGACGCCGGCCUAAACGUGCAGCUGUAUCCGCGUAUGCUACGCGUUCUGCCGAUGUUUCAACGCCCUCUUUCGAGGACAAGGAGCGUCGGUUCGAGGAUAUGAUCGCGACCACGCGGAAGAAUGGCGAGUGGGCUAGCUCUGAACAUCUCCAGGCAUUUUGCCAGGUCUUCCAAGUAGAUCUAAAUGUUUACACCAUGGAUGGAGUUCAGGUGUUUCGAGAUGUCAAUGCCCUUCCCGAUCAGCCCCGGGAUGUGCUCCACGUCGCCUUCCACGACUUCAAACAUUACUCCUCCGUGCGGGGAAUCAAUGGACAACAUAAAGGGCUUCUCACUGAGGCCAUUGACGCCCCGCUACCUAGCGAAGACAUCAAGCUAGACGUAGACAGGAAACUGGCAGAAGACCGCAAAGACAUACCCGUCACUGUGGACAAUGUCCCUAGUGGAUCUGAUACCACUGACACCGAUGUGGCUGUGGACAUCUAUCCCCCGUGGGAUAUUAAAUCCAUCCAAGAGUGCUUUGGCGGCCGCUAUGACCGCGAGACGAUCGUGGACAUGCUUCAAAAAUGUCGCGGAGACAUCGACCGCGCAUUUGCCGCCUUGCUGGACGAAAAGACCGAUGUGCCAUUUGAUAAGAAGGCCGCUCCAGUGCUUAUCAAGCCAGGCUUACAGGCAUCACGAUCUUCUUCCCCGUUCAGCACGGGAAGCAAACGAUCCGCAGAAGACAGCGACGACUCGGAAGACCCGCGUCCAGCUCGUCGAACACGACCCAAGAGGCGGAUCGUUUCCAACUUAACGCUUGGAGUUGGAAUAUCAUUCAGAGACGAUCAAAACGAGCUCGUCUCUCUCAAUCUUCGCAUGAAAUCUGAAACCGAAAACGGUCAGAACACAGACCCCCACCCCUCUCUCUCGGGUAUCACAACCCCGGAGCAAUCGGACUCGGACGGAAAGGCAAACCCGCGUCGCAGCGGCCGACUUUCCGCCCCGCGACCUCUCUGA